AAAAGCAUGGGAUUGGGAGUUAUCUGAAUUCUGAAGUCCUUAGCAGUGGUUUGGUUAUUAUGGCUGCAGAGAUUCCUUGCAAACAAAGAAGAAGCUCAGGUUUUGGUUCCUAACUCAGUAACAAUGGUGGGUGCAUUCAGAGCACCACUCAUUUCCCAUCUUCCUUCCAAAACCAGAAUUCAGAAUUCUCAUAGCAAAGCUUCACCACCCAUUUUCAGAGCUCAACUUCCAAAGAGGCGCUUGUUACUCUUCUCUCUGCCCCUCUCUGGUUUCCUUCUCCUUCCUGUUCCUCCCAGCUUUGGUGAUGGUAUUGGUGACAGUGCCAUUAGUAACAACAAAUUUCAACCUGCGUCUUCUUCAUAUGACCCAGUAAGUCCUUCUGAAAGAGAUGCCAGUGCUUUAAUCUCACAAAGAGUUUCUCAAGCAGUGGAGUUGUUGGAGAAAGGAAGAGAAUUACAGGCUCUUGGUGACUUUAAUGGCGCUCUUGACUACUUUUCUCAGGUUGUUGAAAGAUACAAAGACUUGGCAUUAUCAGAGUAUGCAAGGGUAGGAAGAGCACUGGCCCUGUAUGAAGUUGGUGAUAGAGAAGAAGCAAUUGCAGAGAUGGAAGAUGUUUCAAUAUCUCUAAAAGGGUAUCCAGAAGUACAUGCAGCUCUUGCAGCAGCCUUAUAUGCAGAUAAGCAUGCCUCAUUGCUUGCUGAAAACCAAUUUACUAUAGCAACUCUUCUUGAUCCCCAUUUUACAGACCUUUCAUAUGUUAGAGACACUAAGCACUGGCCUCCAAGUUUGGUUAGUUCUCUGCAGCACUUCAUCACACUAUCUUAAGACCUCACAUGAUACUUAUAUACGUGUUGUUUAAUCCAUACUAAGCAAUGCCAGCUAUAUGAAGACCUUCUCUCAAGUUUGGAAGUUUACAACUUAAGAUGUGAACCCUUGUUUAUUUAUUUAACUUUUUUUAUUUAUAUUUUUACUCUUUUAAUUCUGGAAUGUAAAUCAACUGUGAUAUAAGUUUUUGCUUUAAAUGUUGCAGAGGAAGGUAUUUCCCAAAUUUAU